AUGGCCGCCCCUGCUGCUCGCUCUGCCCUCCGGAUCGGUAUGAUCCCCGCCGACGGUGUCGGCAAGGAGGUCCUUCCCGCCGCCCAGCGCGUGCUCGAGUCGCUCGGCUCGCUGAUCCCCAAGUCCGAGUUCGUGCCCCUGCUUGCUGGCUGGGAGGAGUUCCAGCGCAACGGCAAGGCCCUUCCUGACGAGACUGUGCGUGUGCUCAAGGAGGAGUGUGACGCCGCCAUGUUCGGCUCGGUCCAGUCCCCCUCGCACAAGGUGCCUGGCUACUCGUCGCCGAUCGUCGCUCUCCGCAAGCACCUCGACCUGUACGCCAACAUUCGUCCCGUCUCCUCCGUCCCCGGCACCCCCGGCAAGGACGUGAACAUGGUCAUUGUCCGUGAGAACUCUGAGUGUCUCUACAUCAAGAAGGAGGAGCUCCAUGAGAACCCCGACGGUUCCAAGACCGCCAUCGCCUACCGCCAGAUCACCUCGAACGCCUCCGAGCGCGUCGGCCGCAUGGCUUUCGAGCUCGCCCUCCGCCGCGGUGCCGAGCGUGCCGCCCCCGGCGCCGCCAAGACCUUCUGGCAGGGUCCCCCCAAGGUCACCAUUGUCCACAAGUCGAACGUUCUCUCCGUCACCGACGGUCUCUUCCGCGAGUCGGUCCGCUCCGUCAAGGAGAACUCUGGCGGCCGCUACGACGGCGUCGACAUGGAGGAGCAGCUCGUCGACAGCAUGGUCUACAGGAUGUUCCGUGAGCCCGAGGUCUUUGACGUCGCUGUCGCUCCCAACCUCUACGGCGACAUCAUCUCGGACGGUGCCGCCGCGCUCGUCGGCUCGCUCGGCCUCGUCCCCUCGGUGAACGCCGGUGACAACUUUGUCAUGGGCGAGCCCGUCCACGGCUCCGCCCCCGACAUUGCCGGCAAGGGCAUUGCCAACCCCAUCGCGUCCGUCCGCUCGGCCGCCCUCAUGCUCUCGUCCAUGGGCUACACCGACGCCGCCGCCAAGAUCAACGCCGCCGUCGACCAGGUCAUCCUCGAGAACAAGGUCGCCACCCCCGACCUCGGCGGCAAGUCCACCACCAACGAGGUCACCGAGGCUAUCCUCAAGAACCUUUAA